AUGGAAUUGGAUAUGAAUAUGACGGGGCCGGUGCAGCUGCUGCCGACGCUGCCGGCGUCCUCGACGCGUCAGUUGGUGCGCAGGCGCACUGGUCACGCAGCGGAGAGUCCGAGUAUCCAGCGGUGCAGGAGCACCCUUACCGCCCACGCACCCGCAACCCAAUUCGCAUCCACCGGCAAGCGGAGCCGGCUCUCGCCUCCCAGUUCCGGAAACAUAGCGGUGGUGCGACCGGGUAGCAAUGACAAUCGAGUGCGGCAGGAUCGCAAAAAUCCACGGGAGUCAUCUGUGAGACCACCGCGUCAAGUUCUCUCCGCCAGGGUUCUUGCUCACUCCAAUCCUUAUAUGGUUAAGCAGCCGCCCAAGGAGCGGCGAUCUGGGACCCAGCGAGCGCGUAACCAGCAGCACCCCACUGUGGCCACCUCCAGAUCAGCCUUCGAUCCUCCAGCGCCGCGUAAAGCUGCUCCACUGCCGCCUGCCAGCCAGAUGCGUCCAUCUCUGCGAUCGGUCCGCGCCAAGGUCGACUCGCACCUGUGUCCCCACCUCUCCAACCGCCAACGUUCAGCCCCCAAGCAACCUCAGCCUGCCCAGCCGAGCUCCCAACGAACUUGCCAGUCCACGAAGGGCAAAUCCUUGGCGGCGGCGCACCAGCAGCUGGAGCUGAUGCUAACGAGGAUUGAGCGCGUCACCGAUUAUCAGCCACCGCCGCCGCCGCCUGCCGCGCAAUUCAAGCGAAGGGGCAGUGGCGUCAAGGUCGCCAAGGGCGUGAGCCGCCAGAUGGCGCACCCACCUCCAGUGCCAGCUGGAACGCCAAUGCUCAGCGCCCGUAAAAACAAGAACAGCGCCAUGAGAACAGAUGGCGGUGGCGGUGCUGAAUGGGAGGAGGAUCGGAAUGGGGAUGGAGAAGGCGAUGGGGAUGGAGAAGGGGAUCACAUCGACAAUGCCAUACCGCUCGUCCAGAAUCCGCAGUGUCUGCCGCCGGCGAAGCGGGAUGCACUGAUGAAGCUCCUGCAGCGGACCGAGCAGCACGACAAGGGCAUCGUGGAUAUGAUGGGCACCACCGGAGACUCCCGGGACGCCAUGCUCAUGCUGCUCCAGAUGAUGCCCCUAAGCCUGGAAGAUUCCCCGUAUAAGAAGAAGUUAGUGGACGUGCAUCGCCACCCGAAGGAGCGCCAGAAGCAGCAACAGAAACUACGCCCCGUCGAUGAGGGCUUCAAGGAGCUGAAGGAACUGCAUGGUCCCGAUGGCCAGGAACGGUACCAUAAUGUGAGGAAUGCACUAGAGCAUCGAAGCGAUCCGCAUCCGCUGAGCGAACGUCAGGAGCAGGCGAUGCUGGAGCGGGAGCAGCUGGAGCGGGACAAGCAGCUGGUGAUCAACUGCCGCGAGAAGCGUCGUCUGAAGGAGCAGAUAGGGGAGCAGCCGCCACCGCAGGAUAGCAACCAGUCCAAGAAUCCAACUAAAGAAUCCAACAAAUCCACUGAUCCCUGGAAGCAGGUCCUCCAAGACCGGGACCGCUUUCAAGCCAACUGCAAUCGCAGCUGUUUCUACAACAAUUCGCAGAGCUCAGCGCCCUGGAAAAUAUAUGCCAAAGUGGCUAGCAAAUUGAGCUCGCAGCUAAUCGCAAGCGUGGAUGUGGAGUUUCAUCGCAGUGUAAUAAAUUAUAUCAAUGACAUUGUGGGCCACAAAGUGAAAUAAUUAUUGCAACAUCCUGCGAUCCUUAUCUCUACUGCCAAUCUUUUUAUCAGAUUUUACAGAACUGAAUGUAGAGCUUUGUACUACUCUUUUAUGGUAUCUCAACUAGUAUCAUUAUAUCGCCUCAAGGUGACAAAUUGUAAGUGUAGUAAAAUUAACACAAUUUUUAAAUUAAGUGGACCAAAAAUUAUGUAAAUAAAAAAUUAUAGUGUGUACAGAUGA